CCUCCUGUUUUGCCUCAAAUUCACCUGCUUGGCUGUAGACCAGCAGUGCAUUUCCUGCACAUGUCUACUCAGAAGUAAGCCCCGCUGAUUUCAACAGGAAUCCACUCCCAGGUGUCCGCAUAUAGGACUGCACCCUUUUAGGUCUUUUGAGACUAAUCAAGGGCCUCUUCACGCAACCUUUGUCUUUUGGGAAUGGAAGGAACUUUGCAGCAAGAGGAUUUUUUGGUCUGGAACAGAGCUAAGAUGGAUCUCAGAGGUAAAAUGGGUCUUCCAGGCCCAGCAAGGGAGGGACCAGGAAAAGGCCCUGGCUCAUUUUUGGCUGAGAACUCUGGGGAAUUCCAAAAAAGAAGAGGGCAGAAGAUCCUGGAUAAAGAAGCAGUAAGUUCAAACACACUCUGCCGGCGCUUCAGGCAUUUCCGCUACCAGGAGGCCGAGGGCCCCCGCGUGGUCUGCAGCCGACUCCACCGUCUCUGCCGUCAGUGGCUGAAGCCAGAAAGGCACACCAAGGCUCAGAUGCUGGACCUGGUGAUCCUGGAGCAGCUGCUGGCUGUCCUCCCCCCGGAGAUGGAGAGCUGGGUCAGGGAGUGUGGGCCAGAGACCAGUUCCCAAGCGGUGGCCCUGGCCGAAGGUUUCCUCCUGAGUCAGGAGGAAGACAGAAAGCAAGAAGAGGAUCAGGUGCUGGAAGUGAUCGUCGAUUCCCCCAAGGCAGAGUUUGGCCUGCCCAGUACCUGUCAGAUCCUGUUCUUUGGGGGAAUCAACCAAGAGGAUCGUCCGUGGAACAUGUUACUGGGGAACGGGAUGACAUCACCGCCACCCCCUGAAAUGUCUCUUAACGGCAGAGCAGAACCUGUGCAGCUGGCUCAGCUCCUCCUCCUCCUCCUCUUCUUCCAGGGUCCCCUGUCCUUUGAGGAGGUGGCUGUGUGUUUCACCGAGGAUGAGUGGUCUCUGCUGGAUCCAGGCCAAAGAACAUUGUACAGAGAAGUCAUGCUGGAGAAUUCCCGGAACGUGGCCUUGCUGGAAGGUGAUGGGUGGCCCAGCAAGGAUGAGGAGGGACCACCCGGAGACUCGUCGGAAAGGAGCAAGUAUCAAGAGACAGAAGAAGAAAUCAGAAAUCAUGAAGGGCCAAAAAAUCAGGAGGGGAAUCAGCUGGAGGUGUGGAUGGACGAAUCAGUUACUUGGCAGGGCAGCAGCUUCCCCAAAGUUCCUAUUCAGCAAGAAAAGCAGAAAGGUGCAAAGAGGAACGUCUGCCCGGUGUGCGGGAAAGGGUUCAGUCACAAAUCGGACCUUAACGUUCACUGGCGAAUCCACACAGGAGAGAAGCCGUUCAAAUGCCCGGAAUGCGGCAAGAGCUUCACCCAGCGCGCAAACCUUGCGUCGCAUCAAAGAAUCCACACGGGGGAGAGGCCGUACAAAUGCGCCGAGUGCGGAAAGGGCUUCUACGACAAAUCGAGCCUCGCUAUCCACCAAAGAAUCCACACGGGGGAGAAGCCGUAUCAGUGCUUGGUGUGUGGAAAGAGCUUCCACCAGAGCUUUGGCCUCACCUCUCACCAGAGGAUCCACACAGGGGAGAAGCCCUACGUCUGCUCGUACUGCGGGAAGGGCUUCUACGACAAGCCGCACCUCACCAGGCACCAAAGAGUCCACACCGGGGAGAAGCCAUACAAAUGCCUGGUGUGCGGGAAGAGCUUCAGCCAGAUCACGAGCUACACAUCCCACCAGAGAAUCCACACAGGGGAGAGGCCCUUCAUGUGCUCGCACUGCGGGAAGAGCUUCUACGACAAAUCCAACCUCCUCACCCACCAAAGAAUCCACACUGGGGAGAAGCGGUACAAGUGCCUGGAGUGCGGGAAGAGCUUCAGUCAGAAGAAGAACCUGACUUGCCACCAGAGCAUCCACACCGGGGAGAAACCUUACCAGUGCCUGGAGUGCGGGAAGUACUUUCGCCAGCACACGGACCUCACUUCCCAUCAGAGAAUCCACACGGGGGAGAAGCCGUACCAGUGCCUGGAAUGCGGGAAGAGGUUCUAUAGGAAAGCCGAUCUAAACAGGCACCAGAGGAUUCAUGUCGGGGCGGGGAACCCCAUAAUUUCCUGGAACGUUGAAAUGCCUUCGGAGGGGGUGUCGGUCUUGCGGCCUAUCAGAGAAUUCACCCAGCAAAGCCAGUACGUCACCCCUGAGAUGCUGCUGAAUCACCCCUUGUUAGUCAUUGAUGAAUCCACAUAGCAGAGGCUCCUCCUAGUUCCCCCAAAUAAAUAUUUAGGGUGUGGAAAAGGAGCAAGUUAUAUAAAUAUGCAGACUUUCUUAAACAAACCAAACAUCAAUGCAGACACAGACUGAUGCUGGUAGCUGUCACCCUCCCUUCUAGAAAAAAAAGAGUAGGCCCCACAUUUAUUUACUUGGGUAUAUUAUAGCCUAUGGCAUCCUUCAAGUGAUUUUGGACUACAGCACCCAUCAGCUGCACACUAGUACGGCCAUUGCAGUCCAAAAACCUCUGAGGGAGGCUGCUAUAAUGCAUGUUUUUACGCCUUACUGGGCCCUGUUAUUAUUUCUUGACCGGUUUGCAUGAAGCUUCCUUCUAUUUCCCCUGUGCCUUAGUUUUUUUUUAAUUAAAAAAUAUGAUUAUGAUUAAUAUAUAUAUACAUUUGAUGAAAACUAUUUCUCUCCAUUGGCCUGGGAUUCCGACUGUGCCCUGCCUUUUGUAGUCAACGCACAUUAAAACACGUUUAGCUAA